AUGUCCUCCACUGUGAAACCUGUUCUUGCAUCUCUCAUCCCUGAUUGUCAUCAGGUCAACUCACAUACUCUCAAGCUUCACCCCAGCGACCCAAGAGUUAAUGUUAAUUUAUUGGAUCGCUGUGCGGCCUGGCGUGGCGACGUCCCACAACAACCCCAGGACGCAUACCCUGAGACCGCGUUGCAAGAGCCAUCAUCUAUGGAUAUCUUCUGUCUUCCUCCAUUCUGGGAGACCACUCGCGAUAGCGAUCUCACUAUUCGCCUCAUCAGUGCUCAGCGGUCGGAGCGUCAGGCAGAGAGCCGACUUAUCCAGAAACACCUGAAACGCGUAAUGAUUGAAAAUGAACUAUACCAUCAUAUGGACCAACAUGCAGGGCGAAGACUCCAGAAAGCUGACAUCAGCGUUGGUGUUUCACGCGUCAUGAUGUUUGAAGAUUCGCCUCGUCAUGAUCAGGUCACAACCGUUGCACCGCAUGAGAAAAUGAUGACAUUCGGCUUUUGUGAGGCCAGGCCGGGAGAAGGAGUCCAGUUUCAUAAGCUUCUCGAAGACUUGUUUGAUGUCUAUUGGGUAAAUCCUAUGGUAUCACUUUGCCAUACACAGUUGCAACUUGUUUGA